GUGAAUAAUUCGAACCUUCAUUGGCCAUGAGCUGAAACUGCUGCAGUAGUUUUUCAUUAUUUUGCUGUGCUUUUUAAGGUUUUGUUUGUUAUUAUUAAAUUGUUCUUGUUUCAACUGAAAGUGCUUUCUUCGAUCUUUUUCUGUACAAUUCAAGAACACUCACUUUGUUGUUUUCAAGAGAGACAAAAAAAAGUGUGAAUAGCAGUCGUGAACUUUAAUAAAUAAGAGAAAAAAGUUGCAUCGUUAUAAAAAAAGAAAGAAAAAAAAAUCUGUUCUGAUUUCCUUGUUAGGAAAGAUUUCAUCAUAAAAAGCUUUAAUCAAAAAAAAAGUAGAAAAAGUGAAGUUGCUACAGGCUAAAAUAAGCUAAACAUCAACUCAAUUUCAUGUUGUUCAUACAAAGAAAAUAAGAAGAAAGAAAAAUUAGUUUGCUGAAGUGUAACAACAACUCAACGAAUUGCGCAUUGGGAGAACAUCAUAUGCUUGCGUUUACAUAACUGCGCGAAAAAUCAUGUAAAAAGGAAGUGAAAAAAUAUAAAAAGAGAAAGAAAGAAAAAAGUUUUUGUAACUACAAAAAGCAAAAGUUAAAAAUUUUCUCUAUAAACGCGACAAAAAUCUCAAAACGUUGACGAAAAUUGAAGGUUUAAAGAGUCUGGUGAGAAUGUUGCGAUCACCAGCACAUAUAAUCGGCCCAACGGCCACAGCACCGACAACAACUUCGGGUCUGUUUGACUCAUGCCAUCGAAAGAUAAGACUGAUAGGUCCUGUCGCAUUUCUCGGUGGUCUCAUGUCGUAAG